AUGUCACCCAACAGAACGAAGGAAAGACGUCAAAUAAAUACAAUUUUUUUCCUUUCCUGUUCCAUUUUACUCGUUUCUUUUCCUGACACGAACUGUGAUCUGGAUACAGCAAGAUUAUUAUCACUCAACAAUGGUCUUGCCCUCACACCACCCAUGGGAUGGUUGUCUUGGGAGAGAUUCCGCUGUAAUACAGACUGUGAAAAGGAUCCAGACAAUUGUAUCAGUGAGAAACUUUUCAGGCAAAUGGCUGACCACAUGGAAGCUGAUGGUUACAAAGAUGUCGGUUAUGAAUAUAUUAACAUUGAUGAUUGCUGGAUGGCCAAGGAAAGAGAUGAAAAGGGACGGUUACAAGCUGACCCCAAAAGAUUCCCGAAUGGCAUCAAGAAACUUGCUGACUAUGUUCAUAACAAAGGCUUAAAACUUGGCAUCUAUGAAGACUUUGGUACGAAAACGUGUGGUGGGUAUCCUGGAAGUGAAUUCUUCUUGAACAUUGAUGCUCAAAGUUUUGCUGAAUGGGAAAUUGACCUCUUGAAACUUGAUGGCUGCAAUGCAGAUACCAGUGAUAUGUCUACAGGCUAUCCUGUGAUGGGAUUGUUCCUAAACCUCACAGGCCGACCAAUUCUGUUCUCUUGUGAAUGGCCUCUCUAUCAAACAAAACAGGUUAGUCCCUUACAAUGGUAUCCUCUAAUGGGCUUCUUCCUCAACUUAACUGGUAGACCAUUUCUCUACUCAUGUAGUUGGCCUGCUUAUGUCAGCAAGCCUAACUAUACAGCAAUUGCCAAAUCUUGUAAUAUUUGGAGAAAUUACAAAGAUGUCCAGGAUUCUUGGGAUAGUGUUGCUGGUAUCAUUAAAUUCUAUGGUGACAACAAGCAAAAGUUUGCAGAUGUUGCUGGUCCAGGACAUUUCAAUGAUCCAGAUAUGUUGAUUGUUGGUGAUUUUGGUUUAAGUGAAGAUCAGCAGCGAGUUCAGAUGGGAAUGUGGGCUAUCAUGACAGCACCCCUUAUCAUGUCUGUAGAUUUGCGCAAUGUAAAACCCUUUGCUAAAGAAUUGCUUACAAACCGAAGAGUCAUUGCAGUCAACCAAGACCCAAUGGGAAUUCAAGGAAAAAGAAUCUGGCAGGUUGAAAAUGUUGAUUACUGGAUGAAGGAAAUUCAGCCAACUGGAAGUUAUGCCUUUGCCUUUGUUAACUUCAAUACAAAUGGUGUUCCACAAAAAUUAAAUUUUACUCUGAAAUAUUUACAAUUCACAGAUCCAGCUGGUUAUAACAUCACAGAAACCUUCACUGGAAAAUUCCUGGGAAUUUAUAAAAUAACUGCACUUUUCAGUACUUCAGUUAAUCCAACUGGAAUCUUCAUGGCUACUGCUGUUCCUCUCUCAGUAUAUGGACGUUAG